AGGAGGAGCGUCAGUUUACGUUGUCAAGAGCGAUCUUGAUAGAAGGAGAGGAUGAAGUGAAGAAAGAGCGAUGAACUUGUCUACAGCAGGAGCAUGCCUUAGGUUCCUCCUCCUCCUCCUCCUCCUCUCCCCCGCCUUGAGUGUAUACGUCGGCCCGGCCCUCAAGUCGCAAUGGCAGGAUCCAUACAGAGGAAGAGACCACGUGUUUCACAUGCAGCUGGAAGUCAGCGGGAUCGAGUUAGACCACCUCCUCCUCUCCUCCAACUACACUCAGAUGGACCUCUACGUCCUCUUCUACGUCCCUUCCAACCCGCUCGCUAAGACCCUCCUCCCCGUCUGGAAGCAAGUCUGGGAGCGCUUCGCUCCCAUCCCGCGCGUCGACGUCCUCCAGGUCGAUUGCAGCGGAGUGGGAGGAAUAUCGUGCAAGGACCGCAACGUGGUCGACAUCCCUUCGAUCCAGAGGUUCCCUGCAGGCUCGCCCCACGGGUUCUUCUACAGGGGCAGUGUUGAUCUCUUUGCGCUGGAGGAAUGGAUUAUAGAUGCCUCCAACCUUGAAAAAGAGAUGAAGCCUCGAGACGUCCAGCCAGUGUCUGGUUGCGUUGCCUUCCGACAGACGUCAGGGUGUGACCCGGAGGGAGGGCGCGAGCCUCACAAAGACAAGCCGUGCGACCACGAGGUGACGACGAUGGCGGGGGCCAUGCACGAGUCUCAUCCUCCUCCUCCCCGGCAGAUCCCCAGCGGCAUGUCAGGAUACUGCGAGUGCGGGGAAGGCGACCAUAGGAUGAAAGUCCGCUGCCGGCACCAGCCCUUCCGCUGCGAUGAAGUAUGUGUCAAGGUGCCGGGCUGCGUGGCAUGGCGGCAGACUGGAAGUUGUGUACCCGAUGGCCCCAGAGAGCCGCAGAAUGACAAGCAUUGCCGUCGCGCCCUCAUGGCCGGGGUGUCUGGAUACUGCGAAUGCGAAGGAGGGAGGAAGGUUGCGUUGGUGAGAGAAUAA